UGGAUAUCCGCAUAUGCACGUAGGUUACCGAGUUUUAAUAUGACCCACGACACGGCUCAUCUUCUCGAAUAGUGUUGACAUAUUAUUGAAAUUCAAAUUCAAAUAGCCAAGCAUUAAAAAAGCCACGCGUCCGGAAUAAACUCGGUAAUAAGAAAUACCUGAAUUGGAUGCUUCCGGCAGCGCUUAUCAGAUCCCAUAAGCUGAGACAUUCUCGGCACGGCAUCAGAACCCGUGGUCCAUUCCAUUGGUCCCAGUUCCAGUAGUCGGGCGCACUUAUUCCUGCGUUGCUAUCUUUGUAUGUACCUAACUACCUAGGUACAUACCUACCUACGUAACACACCUCAUACGCAGCCCCGUACCGACGUAUCCGGAGCCUUACCUAAGUAACCUAAUCCACAAUGUCCCGACCCGGGAAACCCCAGUCUGCGACUGCGACUGCGACUGCAACUGCGACUACUAAUUCUUCCUCGAUUACUUCCGCCUCCGUUCGAGCGAGGAAACCUGCCGUAGCUGCUGCCGAGAAGAGACGGACGAAUAUACAUUAUAACGGCGACGGUCCGGCAUCUUCGGAAGACGACAGCGACGAGGGCUAUACUGCCGGAGAUUCUGCCGCUAUGGCUUCCUGGACGGUUAGGAAUCGGUGGAUUGUAUUUGCUGUUGCUAGUGGUGCUUGCGCUGCUUUUAACGGCGUGUUUGCGAAAUUGACUACAAAUGAACUUUCCACUCAUAUAGCCCGGGGAAUCUCGGGACUCUUUGGGUUGACGGACCUGGAACGAGUUGUCGAGGUUGUUGUGCGAGCUAGUUUCUUUGGUCUUAAUUUAAUCUUCAACGGAGUGAUGUGGACCCUAUUUACACAAGCCCUCGCGAAGGGCAACUCAACAACACAAGUAUCUAUCAUGAACACGUCCGCCAACUUCGUCAUCACGGCUCUACUAGGAUUAGCUAUCUUCUCUGAGUCGUUACCGCCACUGUGGUGGGCCGGCGCCGCAUUACUUGUCGCUGGGAACGUCAUCAUCGGCCGGGGCAAGCAAGAGGAAGGCAGCGAGGCGACGACUCCCUUAGACGAGGGCGAAUAUCAUGAUGAAGAAAACAUUAAUGAUGAUCACGACGCCGAAUCAGCAGCCGAGUUGGGCCGCGGGACCGGCGUAGCCCCGCAGGUCGAGGGUAUCUUACCCGUAGAGAAGGAUGAUGAGGAUGAGGAUGUCGCCCUCUUGGGAGAUUUAAGUUGAAUCGACGUACGCUUAGAAUAAGCGACAGAUUUAUUGGAACAGAUAUUGAGAGUAUAUAUUUGUUCUACUUACGUCUCUCCUUAACGAGCUCGGAGAGACUGGUACCCGGGACCAUAUAUAUCGAAUAUCUACCUAGAUGGAUAGAAAUAGAUUUGAAGUUCAUCUUAAAUCCUCUUAUUC